GGCCCGAGCACUGUGGCCGGGAUGGGGACAUGCCCGGCGAGAUGACGCGAGCCCCGCGCUAUGCCGGGACGGAGCGGAGACGUGGAGGGACCUCGUGCUAAGUGGACAUUCCAACUCCUGCUCCUCGAGUAAGAACUGCACCCAUCCCCACCCUGACAGAGGCCCUGGGCAAGUCUGUGGCUGUCGCUUCCUGAUUGUGUCAUGCAUAGAUGAAGACAAGUCACAUUCCCCACUUUCGGCGCUUCCGAAGCCUAUGGAGCCCCAGGGUGCCAAGCGAGGAGCCGGGGAAAUGAAAGAUGGGGCGACAGGGGGCCCUCCCAAAUGGACCCGCCCGGCCCCUUCGCUGCCCACCGAUGCCUCCCUCUACGCGGGCCCCUUCCCCUUCUAUCGCCGCCCCUCCGAGCUGGGCUGCUUCUCCCUGGACUCCGAGCGCCGCUACCACGGGGACUCCCGCGCUCUGCGUUACUUUGCUCCUCCCCCAGCCCACGGUUCUGCCCCUGAUUUCGACCUCCGGGAAGGCUACCCUGAGCGCUACCGGCCCCGGGACGAGGAGACCCAGGAGGGGCUGGAUCACCUGCUUCGAUGGCUCCUGGAGCACCGAGGCCAGUUAGAGGGGGGCCCAGGCUGGUUGGCAGGGGCUGUGGUGACAUGGCGAGGGCAUUUGACAAAGCUGUUGACAACACCCUAUGAACUUCGGGAAGGUUGGCAGCUUGCAGCUUCACGGCUACAGGGCACCCUUUACCUGAGUGAAGUGGAAACACCUGCUGCUAGAGCGCAGCGACUUGCUCAUCCUCCAUUCCUCCGGGAACUCAUGUACAUGGGGUACAAGUUUGAACAGUACAUGUGUGCAGACACUCCUGGGGGCUCUCCGGACCCUUCGGGAGAGGUCAACACUAAUGUGGCAUUCUGCUCAGUGUUACGAAGUCAAUUAGGAACCCAUCCCCUGCUCUUCUCUGGGGAGGUGGACUGCACAGACCCUAAAGCCCCAUCCACACAGCCACCUGCCUGCUAUGUGGAGCUCAAGACCUCAAAAGAAAUGCACAGCCCUGGUCAGUGGAGGAGUUUCUAUCGACACAAGCUCUUGAAGUGGUGGGCUCAGUCAUUCUUGCCUGGGGUUCCACGUGUGGUUGCUGGCUUCCGAGAUCCUGAAGGUUCUGUCCGAUCACUCAGAACCUUUCCCACCAUGGAGAUGUUUGAGCUCAUCAGGGCUGACCGAGAAGGCUGGAAUCCAUCCGUAUGUAUGAACUUCUGUGCUGCUUUCCUUAGUUUUGCCCAAAGCACAGUCACUCAAGAUGACCCCAGGCUUGUUCACCUCUUCUCCUGGGAGCCAGGUGGCCCUGUUACUGUGUCUAUUCAUCAUGAUGCUCCCUAUGCCUUUCUGCCUACCUGGUAUGUGGAUGCCGUGACCCAGGACUUCCCUUCACCUGCUAAGACACCCUGCCCAGGGAACUAAUUUCUCCAGAGGACUGAUCAAGAGGGGGCUAGUCCCUCCUUUCUACACAUACAGUAAAGGCAUUUUUCACUA